ACGAUGGAUCGUACAGCGUGGUUGUGCGUAGUCUUGGCGACAGGCGUCCUCUGCCUGAGCUUGGCGCCGGCAUGUGGAGCCCACGACCAUGACGAAGACGUCCUGGACGACGACCUGGACCUGGACCUGGAGGGAGGCGACGAGGAACUGGAGCACGAGCACGACCAUGAUGCCCCGGCGCCUCCCAAAACACCGCCUCCUCCCACUGUGACCUACAAAGCUCCGGAGCCAAUGGGAGAACACUACUUUGCUGAAUCUUUUGACCGCGGAACGUUGGACAGCUGGGUGCUAUCCAGUGCCAAGAAGGACGACACCGAUGAGGACAUCGCCAAGUACGAUGGCAAGUGGGAGGUGGAGGAGAUGAAGGACAGCAAGCUACCCGGCGACAAGGGUCUGGUUCUUAAGUCGCGGGCCAAACAUCACGCCAUCUCCGCCCUGCUCCUGCGACCAUUCACUUUUGACACCAUGCCGCUCAUUGUUCAGUACGAAGUGAACUUCCAGGCCGGCAUCGACUGCGGUGGCGCUUACGUCAAGUUGCUCACUCAGGUGCCUGAACUGGACCUGUCCCAGUUUGUGGACAAGACGUCGUACACCAUCAUGUUUGGACCGGACAAAUGCGGUGAGGACUACAAACUGCACUUCAUCUUCAGACACAAGAAUCCCAAGACGGGCCAAUACGAGGAGAAACAUUCCAAGAAGCCAGACGCUGACCUGCGCACGUACUAUACCGACAAGAAGACACACCUUUACACUCUCGUGCUGAACCCCGAUAACACGUUUGAGAUCCUGGUGGACCAAACGGUGGUGAACAGCGGCAACCUGCUGACUGACAUGACCCCCCCGGUCAACCCUCCCUCUGAGAUCGAGGACCCCGACGACCACAAGCCGGAAGACUGGGACGAGAGGCCCAAGAUACAGGACCCAGAUGCCACCAAGCCUGAAGACUGGGACGAGGAUGCUCCCGCUCAGAUUCUCGACGAGGAUGCCGUCAAACCCGCCGGCUGGUUGGACGAUGAGCCUGAGUACAUCGGAGACCCAGAUGCGGUCAAGCCCGAGGACUGGGAUGAGGACAUGGACGGCGAGUGGGAGGCGCCUCAGAUCCCCAACCCGGCCUGCGAGGCGGCGCCUGGCUGCGGCACCUGGAAGCGCCCCACUAUCGAAAACCCCAACUACAAGGGCAAGUGGAAGGCGCCCAUGAUCGACAACCCCAAUUACCAGGGCGUGUGGAAGCCACGCAAGAUUGCCAACCCGGACUUCUUCGAAGAUCAGCACCCAUUCCGGAUGAGCGCCAUCAGCGCCGUGGGACUGGAGCUGUGGUCCAUGACAUCCGACAUCUUCUUCGACAACUUCCUGGUCACUGACGACCGCAAUGUGGCGGAGCGCUGGGCCAACGACGGCUGGGGCCUGAAGAAGGCGGCUGAGGGCGCUGCUGAGCCAGGUCUAGCGGCUCAGAUGAUGAAUGCGGCAGAGGAGCGUCCUUGGCUUUGGGUCGUCUAUGUGCUGACCGUGGCAUUGCCACUCAUCCUCAUCGUCGUCUUUUGCUGCACCGGAAAGAAGAAGAGCGAGGCCCCGGACGCCGCGGACUACAAGAAAACAGACGAACCUCAGCCUGACGUGAAGGGGGCCAAAGAGGAGGUCAAAGAGGAGACUAAAGAGGCGGAGAAGAGCAGCCCAGACGGUGAGUGUGACAGCGAAGGUGUGCAGGAGGAGGCCAACGAUGAAACUCCUGCCGACGAAGAGGAUGUGGAAGGCGACCAGGAUGUAGAGGAGAAGGAGGCGUCGGCUGAGGAGAAGCUGGAGGAUGACAUACUGCGGAGAUCUCCCAGGAACAGGAAGGUCAGAAAGGACUGAUCAUUCUCAACCUGGAGUCCACCCCCCUCCCCGUGCCCUUCCCUCAUCUUUGGCCGCUCUGCCUUCACUCGGAAGCGGGCGGGAAAAGAAUGAAAGCGAAAAGCGCCGAUGAUUCCAGCGCCGGCAGGACUGACUUAGCUGUAAGGUUUUUUUUUGAUUGUUUUUGUUAUUUUAAAGAGAUUAUACAAGUCCAUUGCAUCUUCCUGCAUCAUUCCGAAACAAAA